CUGCUCUCUGAGACGCCCGGCGUUUUCAACCCCUGACGUCAUCGCUCGGCGCCGGCGGGAAGGUCGACCUGCUCCUUCCCUCCCUCUUGGAAAGAUGGCGGCGGCCGCGCUGUGGGGUUGCCGGAAAUGCCUUUUAAAUGUAUGGCUUGUAUCCGGACGAAGCUCAGGCCCCUUGCACCAUGCUUUCCUCGUGCAUCGAACUGGCAGACCUGCAUUGGAGCUGUACCAGGCUCGAUGUUCCUCCUCCGGAGGCCGGAAAGGUUUUAUCUCCGGCUUCGUGGAGAAUAUUAAGCAGGAGCUGGCCAAAAACAAGGAGAUGAAGGAAAGUAUUAAAAGGUUCAGAGACGAAGCGAAGAAGUUGGAAGAGUCGGAGGCCCUGCAGGAAGCGAGGCGGAAAUACAAAACAAUAGAAUCUGAGACAGUCAAGACCUCUGAAGUCCUUAAAAAGAAAUUUGGAGAAAUCACAGACACUGUCAAAGACAGCCUCGACGAAGUCAGUAAGAGCGAUAUCGGCCGGAAGAUAAAGGAAGGUAUGGAAGAAGCCACCAAAACUGCGAAGCAGUCUGCGGAAUCGGUCACCAGAGGAGGAGAGAAGCUGGGACGGACGGCAGCGUUCAAGGCCAUUUCCCAGGGCGUGGAGACGGUCAAGAAAGAGAUCGACGAGAGCGUCCUGGGCCAGACGGGGCCUUAUAAGCGGCCAGAGAGGCUCCGGAAGCGGACAGAGUUUGCUGGCGAGAGGCUGAAGGAAGAGAGGAUAUUUGAAGCCAAUGAGGAGGCGAUGGGCGUGGUUCUCCACAAGGACUCCAAAUGGUACCAGCAGUGGAAAGAGUUCAAGGACAACAACGUGGUCUUCAACCGUUUCUUUGAAAUGAAAAUGAAAUACGACGAGAGCGACAAUGCCAUCAUCCGGGCCUCUCGCGUUGUGACGGACAAGAUGACAGACUUCAUCGGCGGGCUGUUCUCCAAGACUGAAAUGUCGGGGGUCCUGACCGAGAUCCUCCGCGUCGACCCAAACUUCGACAAGGAUCGGUUCCUCAAGCAGUGUGAGGACGACAUCAUUCCCAACAUCUUAGAGGCCAUCAUAACCGGAGACCUGGACAUCCUCAAGGACUGGUGUUACGAGGCGACUUACAGCCAGCUGGCACACCCGAUUCAGCAAGCGAAAGCGAUGGGGCUUCAGUUCCACUCCAGGAUUUUGGACGUCGACAAUGUAGACCUCGCGAUGGGCAAGAUGAUGGAGCAGGGACCCGUGCUAAUCAUCACUUUCCAAGCUCAGUUAGUCAUGGUGAUCAAAAACCAGAAAGGGGAAGUCGUGGAAGGAGACCCGGAGAAAGUUCUACGGAUGCUCUACGUUUGGGCCCUCUGCAGAGACCCGGACGAGCUCAACCCUUACGCCGCCUGGAGACUGCUGGACAUUUCUGCAUCAAGCACUGAGCAGAUCUUAUGAGCUCGGCGUCUCCUCUGCCCGCCUCUGCCAGAACACAGGAGGAGCGCUUCUUUCCUCGCACGGAGGCCGGACAGGAGGGCGACUUGGGUGUGGCGCCGCUUUGCUGAGGACGCGGGGGUUCCGGCUCCAAGGCUGGCAGCGGGGAACGACUUGCGGGUCCCCUGCCAGCAGUCGGGCAUGGGGUGUUUCCUUGACACUGGAGCAGUAUGCCAAACUCUUGGGAGUUUCUCGGGGAGGACAAGCGAGGAAAGACCCCCGCUUCGGAUCGCGGCAUUGAGGAGUCCGAGGUGCACUUUGCCAAAGCAGCCCGGCUCGUCGUCCCCAUUCCCCCUGCGCUUCAGGCGGCAACCUGGCCUGCGCGGUGCCCGCCCGCCAGCAGAACCAAAGAGACGCUCGUUUGCCAUGCCACCGUUUUUUUGCAGGUGGAUGUUGAAGGCCCGAACUACGGUUGCGGAGCGGGGAAGGGGAAUGGCUCUAUGGGGCAGGGGAAGGUCUUUCAGCUUGGGUUGCUGCUGUGGGGAAUGGAGCGUCCUGUCGUCGACCCCCCACAGUUGUCCUUCCGCUGCAAGCUUGGCACAUGGAGCUGUUGGGAGGCGGCUGCAGCUGUGAGGGGUUGUGACGGCCCUCAGCCCCAAGACACACACACACACACACACACACACACACACACACACACACACACACCCUGCCUGCCCCAAACACUCUGAUUUGGCCUGAUCUGGGCAAUUGGUAUCAUGGCAAUAGAUUCUUCUACCACCUCUGUAAAUUAAAUACGUAUAUCCAG